AUCUCACUCAACCCAACCUGACAAUGAUAUCAAGCCCGCAAAGAAGAACUUUCAAGGGAAGCCAGCAAAGCCGAACAACCUAAAGGGCCAAGUACACACGUAGAGUUCCGGUAAAUCUACACCACCUUCCAGGAGCAAUUCUCGUAUCCCGCACCUUAAACCGGCCACUUUCCCUACUCCCCCCCCCUCCGCAAACGCCCUCAGAAACUUCCGCGCCUAUUCGCAUCUCAAAGAAGAAACACACCCAUUUCCCCCAAAAAACUUCCGGCGCCAAACCACCAUGAAUGCCCAACCCCCGAAACCCAGCAUCCUCUGCUUCCACGGCUCCGGCUCCAACGCCAUGAUCUUCAACGUGCAGCUCGCGCGCCUCGCGCGCCUCCUCCGGCCAACCUUCGACCUCGUCAUCCUCGACGCGCCCUUCGUCGGCGCGCCCGGCCCGGGCGUCCUGCCGUUUUUCGAGGAUUGCGGGCCGUACGCGUACUGGACGCACCCGGCGCGCAACGGGACCACCGGCGCCGACAGGGGCACCGGCAUCGAGAGCGUUAUGUUGCCGGAGGUUGUCGAUGUGAUUACGAAGGCAGUGAGGGAGGUGGAGGCGAAUGGGGGAGAGGUGGUGGGGGCGUGUGGGUUCAGUCAGGGGAGUCGGGUUGUGGCGGGGUUGUUGAAAGCACAGGAGGAGGUGGAGAGGAGGGGUGGAGAUGGGCCAGGGGGGUUGAGGACGAGGUUGAGGUUUGGGGUUAGCUUUAUGGGGUCCUAUCCCCCGCCGCUGCUACCGGCUGAGCUGCAGAGGAAGAGUGGGGAUGCGGAUGCGGUGGGGGAAGAGAGGAUCAAGACGCCGACGCUGCAUGUAGCGGGUGCGAACGAUAAGUGGAAUUUUGCUGGGGAAAAGAUGGUCAAUGAAUGCUUUGAUACAAGCACGGCGAAGAGCGUGAUUGUUCAGACCGAACAUCAUAUGCCUAUCAGUGUAGAGGAGAAUGAGAUGGUUAAGGAGGAGAUUAUGAAACUAUGGAAGGGAAGUAAAUAGGAGGUUAUCAGCAGUUUGUUGCACAUUAGUACUAGAGGGCUGUUCGAGGGGCGUUAUCACGAGUUCACGUAGAGAUCGACACUGUCUCAUGAAGCACAUGGAACCGCCAAUGCAUAUGUAUGACUUAUCGCUAUCACUUCUAUGCUUCUG